AGUAAAUAGAGUCGGUGACAAGCCACAACGACGUCGAAGUCACACACAAGCCACCGGCCAUUUUACUUGCGCCCCUGGAAUUUAUCAUUGAGUUUAAACAUUGCGCAUAAGGGGCGAAAAACAUGGCUGCCCUCGUGAAAAUAAAAAAUUUGAUUGCUCCAUUAACAACAAAAAAACAUGGAAUUAUUUAUAAUGCUAUUAGAACAAAAGUUCAGACAGUCAAUGAUUGGAAACCUGGACCAUUCCCAGAAACUGAGGCUGAACGACGUGCAGCUGCUGAAAAAUAUGGAUUGAGUUAUGAAGAGUAUGAACCAUAUCCAGAUGAUGGUUUUGGUCAUGGUGAUUAUCCAAUGUUGCCAUUGAAAGGUGUUGCUUUAAGAGAUCCAUAUUAUCCUUAUGAUUUUCCUGAUGAAAAAAGAAAUUUUGGUGAAACGUUACAUGCUUAUAUAAAUAUUCUUGGAGAAGAUCGCUGUGAUUUUGGUGAAAAACCAGCUUUUCCUUAUGGAAAAGUAUGGUUGUAUUCAUGGGGAGUCAUACUUACAUUUGUUGGAAUACAUUAUUUUCUUCGUGAUUAUCCAAAUUUUAGACCAGUUCUGGAACAUCAAUAUCCAAAACCAGGUGCUAAACAUUAUACCUUUGAGCCAGCUCACUAAAUCAAUAAACAAAAUUAUUAAAUACGUAGAAAAAAAAAAA